UUACUUCCGGAACAUUUAUUUAUUUUCUGACUAUUCUUUCAACAAGCAGUCAUUUGUCACUCACACGAUCUAGACUACUAGAUUAGAUCUAGAUAAUCUAGAUAGAUCUUCAUGCUCUAGUGUCUAGAUCUAUAUAAUCUAAUCUAGCCAGGCUAAACUUUAUAUCAACUUAGAAGAUGUCAUUUCAACCCAAUGUGCCACCUUCACUGGUGGCCAAGAAACUAAAAGAAGAAAAGGGGAAAGAAGGAGAUGGAGAUGAGCCUAGAAAACAGUCCAGAGAAGAAUGGAAGAAACAGAGAGAAUUGGAAGAAAUGAGAAAAGCUGGUACUGCUCCAGCCAUGAAAGAUGAAGAAGGAAAAGACAUCAAUCCGCAUAUCCCACAGUACAUUAUGCAAGCACCAUGGUACUUUGGAGCUGAAACAGCAACACUCAGACAUCAGCGUCAGCAAGAGGAAAAAAUACCCCAAUAUGCUCCGCUGGGUGUGUCAUUUAAAAAGGGUAUCAAAGAGGGUCCUGUGGCUGUUAAGUUUCGUAAAGGUGCAUGUGAAAACUGUGGUGCUAUGACUCAUAAGAAAAAAGAUUGUCUAGAGCGUCCAAGGAAAACUGGUGCAAAGUUUACAGGUGAAAAAAUUGCUCCAGAUGAAUAUAUUUUGCCAGAUUUAAAGCUUGAUUAUGACGGUAAGCGUGACACUUGGAAUGGAUUUGAUCCUGAUGAGCACCAGAGAAAGCUGCAAGAAGAGUAUCAAGACAUUGAAGAGGCAAAGAGAACUCUAAAGGAGAAAUCAUUAGAUGAGUCACUUAUGACUGGAGGAGAUGGAGGAGAGAAAGAGUCAAAGGGAGGGGAGAGUGAUGGUGAUGAAAAGUACUAUGCUGAAGAGAUGGACAUGCCUGGUCAGAAAUUUGAAACCAAACAGAGAAUCACUGUCAGAAAUCUGCGUAUUCGUGAAGACACUGCUAAAUACUUGUACAAUUUAGAUCCUAAUUCAGCCUACUAUGAUCCUAAAACACGUUCGAUGAGAGAGAAUCCAUUGAAGAAUACAAGUAAAGAAGAUAUAACAGAACUAAAGUUUGGUGGUGACAAUUUUGUAAGAAGUUCAGGUGAUGCACAGGAAAUGGCUAAAAGACAAUUGUUUGCCUGGGAGGCCUUUGAACGUGGCAAUGACAUCCAUUUGCAAGCUGAUCCCACUAAACUGGAACUUAUGCAUAAAGAGUUUGAGAAGAGAAAAGAUGAGUUCAAGAAGACGGCCAAAGAUUCCAUAUUAGAUCAAUAUGGUGGACAAGAACAUCUCGAGUCUCUUCCUAAACAAUUACUUUUGGCUCAAACAGAGGAUUACAUUGAGUAUUCUAGAACAGGGUCUGUCAUUAAAGGUCAGGAAAAAGCUGCAGUUAAGUCAAGAUAUGAAGAAGAUGUUUACAACAAUAAUCAUAAAUCUGUUUGGGGGUCUUUCUGGAGAGAAGGCAGAUGGGGCUAUGCAUGCUGUCACUCGUACAUAAAAGAGUCUUAUUGUACGGGUGAAGCUGGUAAAAAAGCAGAGGAGGAGUGCAGUUUACUUGUACCUAGUCAGCACCAAGCUACUUUUCAGGAAACAAAAGAAGCAACACAGGUCAAGAACAAUGCAAAGAAGAAAAACAAGAAAAAGAAACAGAAGAAGAAGAAAAUGACUAAGAAGAAGAAUGAUGACAGUUCAUCAACAGAAUCAUCAUCGUCAUCAUCAUCAUCCUCUGAGUCUGAUUCCUCUGACUCAUCAUCAGAAGAGGAUGAAGAAAGUCAGAAAAAACGACUUCUAAAAGAGGCUCUGAAAGCACAAAAGGAGCAUGAUAAAAAGAUGACUCAGCUGCUUCAAAUUGAUGAAAGAAAACGUUCCUACAACAGUAUUUGUGAUAUCAAAGCUCCAACAGAUGAAGAGAUGGAGGCUUUCCGUCUAAAGAUGAGACGUGUGGAUGAUCCCAUGGCUAACUUUCUAACUGACUGAUCUAGACCUUCCAUGGGCUGAAUUUGAUUGAUUAAAAUAGUAAUGUGACUUACUUUCUAGCUGACUGAUUGAGAUCCAUAAAACUGAAGAAGACUGAUAAAACUUUUACAAAAUAUCAUUAAUACAGUUUAAAUAUCUAGAUUUCAAACAA